AUGGAGUUCCCAUAUCGCCCAAAAAAAUACGCCCUAAACGCACCCCCGCCAAUACCGCCCCGACCACCUCGUCCAGAAGACAAUAUAAAUCGUCCUCCACCGUUGCCUCCUCGGAUACCGCAAAAUAACUCGCAAAACAUCGCUCCACCUCUCGAGGCUCCGUACCCUCCGCCACCUCCAUAUCAGGGAGAAGCCACCCCUCAACAAGGGGUCCAUUAUCCAGCUCCGUAUCAUGCGGCACAGCGACCGCAGCCUUGGCCUCGGACACAAUCAACACCCCUCCACGAUACUCCACAGGCUCGUUCCACGCCUUCAGUGUCCCGUCCGUGGUUUCCGCCACCUCCGUCGCAGGCGCCUUUCUCCGAGAAUAGCUACCGUGAUACGUCGUCUCCCGGGGGGCACAGUAACCACCAGGGUUCGGUGCCACCGCCGCCGUACUCGCGCCCCCCUUCUUCCCAGCAACGAAGCUCUCCAACGACAAAAUGUCACCAGGAGGACAUGUCAUCGGCUCCGACUGGUUUUAAUACCGCGCGCAGCUCCUACCCUGAUCACGAACAGAAGGACCAGACACGCUCUGACGCCGGUGUAUUACGACGAAGCAUGCAAUAUGACCCGCCCGCGAAAUUCAUCUUGAAGAGGUGUCCGUCAACGAAUUAUAAUUUGAUGUGCUCUGGCACAUGGUAUAUACUACCUGAAGCCCCAGAAUUCCGCAUUUGCACGUAUUGCUACGAGACACACAUUCAGGGUUCAUCGUUGCAAACAAGCUUCCACCCGUGGAUCUCGCCCGCCGGUGCCAGCAUAUAUUGCCUCUUCAGCUCGCCUCGUAUCGAACACCAUUUGUGGCCCCGAGCCUUGCAAUCAGGUAGUGUCCAGGAGCUGUUGUGGUUCUUUCGUCAUCGCGCCACAAUAAGGAACUGCGAUGGGACAAAAGGCGUCGGCGGAUCAGAAAACGUGAAGUGGUAUAGCCCUAAAGACACCAGCAGACUUCCAUCUUUCAUCGCUUGUCAGGCUUGUUAUGAGGAUGUAAUUACGGGUACGGCUCUAUAUUCUCAGUUCGAAGAGCAUCAAGAGAAGCAACUACAGGGGCAGAUAUGGGCGUGUGAUAUUGCUAUAGACUUCAUUCGAAGAUUGCUCACCAACACUCAAUCAUGGCCGCAGUUUUCGACCGAGGCUGCACGCCAUCUGGGCCUUCCGGAAUGCGAGAAAAACGGGGCGGUCAUGAGCGGCUCCUCGCGGCAGUGGUAUGAGCUUCGCGAUCGAGCCCUGGGAAUUGCUGUCUGUGAGCGCUGUUACCGCAACUUUGCGAGUAAGACCGAUUUUGAAUCCCACUUCCAACCCUUGCGACAGCCGCCAAGGGAGCAGCAAUGCAUCCUUGGGUUCUGGCAGGCACGGGUCCUUUGGGAUGAGGCGCUUGAGCGGAAGGACUUUUCGCUAUGGCGACGCACAAUCAUAGAACAUGUGCAAGCUCCGCCUUGUAGCUCGCAGGCAAAGCCCGGCGCGCAGAUGUAUCAACUCAACCAUGGCGUUGACAACUUCGACGUCUGCCAGAGCUGCUACAUUGGUUUCCUGAAGCCACACGGUCUAGACAAAUGGUAUGGCACAGAGGACUGCCGCAUCUGCCUCGCGUGCUACGAGGAGGUCGUGCGUGGCAGUGAGAUCGCUCGACAACUCCCUCCCACACCCGAAAUCAUCCCGGGUGAGAGUCACUGUGACUUAUACUCACCGCGAAUGCGCCGCAAGUGGGCUGAGGCGUGUGCCAAGCGGGACCUCGCCUCGUUUCUGGCGUUUGCCGCAUAUCGCAGGACCAUCUAUGAGCAAACGGUCCCUGAAAUGCGGAAUCUUGUCGCAAUGGCGCAGUUCAAUCUCAAUAUGCAAAAGAUGUACAACACAUCUUCGUCCUUCUAUUAUAACAUGAACGGGAUGACAGCCUCCACGUAUAAUCCCUACAUUAGUUAUGGGGCUCCUGGAAUCCCACACAGAUUCGAAACACCUUGGGGUGUCGAGGGAGCACAGCUGGGGCAGAGGGCUCAAGGAUAUGCGCAGGGGAUCAGCGCUGACACGGCAAGAGUCGCGCAAUUACAGGCGGCCUGGAAUCUGGUUGAGUAA